AUGGCGCUGAACAGAAAAGUUCGUGCCAAAUCUGCCCGGGACAGAAAAAUUAUUUAUGAAAACUCAGCAAAUGAUUAUACAGGAAACAGCCAAGAGUUUCUAAUUGGACAUUAUUUAAAAAGUCUUAAUGACAGCGAUAAGAAGAUAAGUCUUGGAUCAAGGAAAAAACAAGAUGAUAAACCAAGACUGACUUCAAAAAUUAAAAGAUUUAAUUCACAUUCUUCGUUAUCCGAGGAGAUGGUUAGAAGCAAUAUCCAUUCUAAACAAUCAUUCAAAGAUAUGGGACCUUAUGCAUGGACUCCUAUGACAACAAGAACUGCUGUUGGAUUCGGAUUAGACACUCAUGGCAGCCGUACCAUUACCACAUUGCGAAAGACAAGGCCAGAGUCUGCACCGGGUUUACGAAUUAGGCGCUCCGGUUCCCUGAGUUCAUUAGAUACAAACUCCUCAGCAUCAUUUACAGCUUCGUUAAUAACGUCACAUGCAUCAUCAAGAGGAAGGAAAUCAAAGAAGGGCUACAUGGAAAAGAAUGUGACACUCUGUGUGCAUGCAUUUCCAAAUGGCAACCGAAGCCAGUCUGUUAGAGUCACAGCAAAGAACUUGUUCCAGGUUUUAGAAGAAGCAACCGAGAAACUUUGCCUUCCUUCAGCCGGGAGAAAGAUUUUUCUUCCAGAUGGAACAGAAGUGACCUUCGCACAUCAGCUUUCUAAGGACUGUGCUGUCUACAUAUCAAUGGGAGAGCCGUUCAAAGACCCAUAUCAAUCAUUACGGGAGAACGAAAGAAUUCGCCUCUCCUCCUCAUGGACAAUCAGCGGGAUAAUGCUGCCAGAGGAGAAAACUUGUAACAAGAAGGCAUCACUAUCGAAAAGGAUGAAAGAACUAGUCGAAUCUCAAAAGUACAGAGUGCUUGUGUUUAAAAAUGGAGACAGCCGAGACUGUGCUGAGGUUGUCUGCAACAGAUUUGAUGAGUUUUUGGACGACUGCACUCUGAAACUUGGCCUGAACAGCAGUGCACGCGCGUUGUAUGAUUGGCAAGGGAAGGAAAUCAAAUGCUUUUCAGAAGUCCCAGUCAUAAAUGACACGAUGCAAACGUCCCAUGGAAGUCUGCUUGGUCCAGUUUGGGUGACAAAAGGGGAACGAUUCAGCCCAACUGGCUCUUACGAUUUUAUAAUGUCAGCAGUUUUGGACCUUAAAGAGAAGGUAACGGAGAAAGAAAAACGUCUUGAGCUGUUGGAGGCUAGAAAAAGUGGAAAAGAGGUCGCGGAUCCUGAGAUGGCAUCCCGAUCAAUUGCGGAAGUUCAGAGAGAAAUAUCUGAGGCUAAAGAUGCUAUUGAGGGGUACAAAGCCACAUUAAAAACAUUUAAAGUGCGGCUCAAAAUUCUGAAAAAGAUGAGUCAAGAGGAAGAAUCUUUCGGAAGCUCUUACAAGUUCCAACAUAUUGCCGAAGUAAGUGAAAACAGCCGAUUGGUUGGUACAAAGUCAUAUCGCCUGAAGAUCUGGAGGAAUGGAGAUAAAAGUUCUGAUGCAAUUGUUGUCUACUUUAGCAGCAAAGAUUUACGAAAAGGAAAAAGAACGCAAGAUGAGCUAUUGCAAAGUUUCUUUAGUUUUUUGAACAGCAAUCAAUCAUUAAAGGAAGCGUUUAUUGGACAUGGAAGACGAGCGGAGUUUAAGAGAGCUUUUCUUCUGAACGGCACAGAAGUUUUAGAUGUUGAUGAGCUUUGUAAUGAUGCAGAAAUCUGGCUUUCUCUUGGAGAAGACUUCAUUCCAAUUGAGUACGAUAUUAUUGGCCUUACUACAGAAAAGGUUAAAUUGCUAAACCUUUGGAACGAACGGUCCUUUCUACAGCGCGAUUUGUGGCCUGGGGCGGAUGACAAGCAAGCAAAAGCCUCGUUAUGGACAGCAACAUCUGUUCUUUCGAUAAGUGAAAUGGACAAACAAGUGAUCGAGGAGUCAACUAUAGAGGAGCAAAAAGUCCGGCUUGUGCAGGACGUGAAUGAGAACAGAAUCAGAAACGACAACGUGUUUCUUCAAAAUAAAAAGGACAAAGGCCUUGUUUUGUACCCAGAAUUGCAGGUCAUUCGUAAAGGGAGAGACGAUCAAUCUGAUUUUUGGGGCGAGGAUGCCAUGCAAUGGAUAUUUACCCAGGAUGGGACAAUUAUGAACAAGCAGUUUAUGAACUUGGUAUUGUCCGUAAAAGACCAGGCCAUCGCUUUUCUUAAUGGUGAGACGAGAGUCGAGGGCUUUGCUGUUGGUUUUGCAAUGAGGGAAAUCCCUAGCAUGUUACAAAACAAUUCAGCUAAUGAAGGGAAGCAAAGACCACAAGAGCCAACCAACCCUCGUCAGAAAUGGAAGCUCACUCCAAAUGGGCAAAUCAUGUCUGCGCUCUUGCCAGAUUUCUACCUGACUACAAUUAAUGGGCUGCGUACUGAAGCUGUUGUUCCAAACAUUGAGAAAUCUGACGAAGCGGCUCAAAAUAAGGAAAAGUCAUCAAACUCUUCUUUAAGCGAUUCUGAUAGCAAAACAUCUUCUGAAAAUGAUUCAGACAAAAUCAAAAAGAAGAAAAAGAAAGUGAAAAAGAAGAAGAAGAAAGACAAGAAAAAAUGGUGGAAUUUCGGAUCAAGCAGCAGCAGUGAUAGUAGUGACGGGGAAAAUGAGAUUGGAAGGGAAAAGAGGAAAUCCGCUGAAGACAUCAGGGUUCGUAUGAAGGGGACAAGUAGUGAUGACGAGCGAACGCCUGUUGUGGCCGGGGAAACAGAGGGUGAAAGUGGGGAAGGAAAAGAGAGUGAAAGGAUAGAGGGGGGUGGAGAUAACCAAGAAGGGUCUUUGCAACAAAAUGAAGCUGUGAAGACGGCAGCAGAGCUUUUAAAAGAAUUGCCGGAUGUAUUUAAUGGUGAAAGGAUUGGACUUUCUGUGUUUGAAAGAUUCGGUGACAAAGAUCCUAUCAAGAUUAGACAAAGAUGGGCCAUCAAAACAGAAGAUGCAGCUGCCCUCAUAUCGAGUUCUACCUUAUCAGGAAAAUGGAUUCGACAAGAACUAGCUUGGCCUGUCAAUGAGGCAGACACAUGGGUGGAGGAUGCCCUAAGCGGCUAUUUGCUGUCGUGUGCUCCAAAGCUGAAACGAAAAUUGCCAAAUAAAAAGGAGCAAAGCAGCCCAUUUUUCGGACAGCCAGCUCGUCUGAAGGUUUUGAAAAAUGGGGAACACGAUGUUAACCGAGCUGUUAUUGUUGUUGGGCCCGACUUGUCAAAUAUGACAAGAAAAGUCACAGUGUCUUUGCCGUUAAAAUGGAAGAAAAGCAAAGGCGAUUUCCAAGAAACCCAAUCAGCCAGUAUUGCAGAAGUGGAAUUCGAGCAGUUUCUAGACAGAUGCACAGAGGCUAUGAACUUGCCAUUUGCUGCCAGGCGAUUAUUCACUGACACUGGGAAAGAGCUGACCUCUGUAAAGGGUCUGGAGCGAGACCAGUUGGUCUACGUAUCGAGUGGCGAUGCUUGGAUUAAUCCGACUUUUACCCACUCAGAACAACAGCGAAGGUCAUUGCUAGCCAACCUAGCGUCAGAUGUUAAUAGAAUGAGAAACUACAUCACUUUGAGAGAACAGACAGAUUUCUUACUGCAAGUGAAUGGACCUCUGCAAAGCGGUUCCUCUGUAGUCGUUUCCAAGAAAUCAAAUGAAGAUUUGCAGGUGGCGGAAGAAGACUCACCCGUUUCCCCGGAAGAAAUCUUGGAGGAAAACCAAAUCAGGGAUUUACAAAGCUUAGCUCUGACGUCACACCAAAUAGCACACAUAAAAUCUGAAGAGCGUUUGCAGAAUAUCCGCGAAAGACUGCAAAUGGGAGCAGCUGGAAUGGCCUCCGAUGAUAGCACUGGCGAUGCAACGUCAGCUGAGUUCACUUUCUCUAACCCAUCACUUGGACGGAAAUUCAGUCGAUCUAUGGAGCCAGUGAGCAAGCCAUUUCAAAAUGCAUAUUACGAAUGGGUAUACCAAGAUGGUUUUAUUCAGCUCAAGGCAAAUAAGAAACUCGUUAUUGGAGUGAAUCAGAGUGACAAGUCGAAAUAUGGUCAAGAAAUUGUCAUUUGCAACAAAAAAGUAGAAGACGCUUCACAAAGAUGGAUGAUGUCUGAUCUUGGGUUCUUCCAUCUCAAAAGCAACGCUAACCUCGUCUUGACUGUCUCUACCCCUCCCUUGCAAACCGACCCUUUCUCGGAAUCACACAUUUCAUCCGGGUAUGACGGCUCUCCUGUAAUUCUUGCAAGGCGCCUUGACUGCUUCAAUGGCAAUUCCCAUCAGAUGUUCAAACUGGACGAAAUGUCUGGCCUCAUAUUUGCAUUUGCCACGGACUUGACAAACACAGAGGUCACUGCUGCAAUCAAAGCCUCCGCAUGCACUUAUUCUGUUCUUGGUGCACAAAGUCUCUAUCAACCGGGUUAUAUCGUUUUGGAAGGAACUAGACCUGGUGCAGGACCGGUUCGUGUUUGCGAGAGUUGUGCAAAAGCAAUACGAGGAAAGCUGAAACUAGAAAAGAUCGCGACAGUCACGCACUUCACCUGCGCGUUUGGAUCACCGGGAAAAUCUGGUCUUUCAACAAAUGGUAGCUUCAAAUGUUUGUCUAGCAAGGUUGACCUGUCCCAGAAAGAAGCGGCAUCGUCUCUGUUUGUGUGGGAAAAGCAACUGAAAAGACUUCAGCAAGAAUCCAGUGUUCGCAUAAUUGCUUACGAACUGAAUUUGGCUCAAACUACUCCUUCUGUUCGCAUAUGUGCUCAUAGAAAUGGAGACACUCACUAUACUGAAGGUGUAUUGGUUAUUGCCAAUAGCAUCAAUCAGUUUUUAGAUAUAUGCACGUACAAGCUUGGACUAACACAGGCGGCUCGUAAAUUGUACACCUCGGAUGGCCAGCUGAUCACCGACAUGAACCAGUUGCUGCAGCCGUAUUACCCAGAGCUCUGCUUGCCGUUAAGCAGGAGCUAUGGUGAGAAAAAGAGCCAGGAAACUAGUGAAGAAAAGCGACCAGAGUUACCUGAAAAAGAUCUCUCAACAAACCAGAAACAAACCUCGGACUCGGGCAGCGUUGCCAGCGAUGGGACGUUCACGUUGCCAAGCAGGGAGGACACUCCCUCGGGACAUUCGCUGGCAUCCAGAAGACAGGUGUCAUUUGCAGAAAUGAAAGCAGAAACGAAACUAUCAAGACAAGAGGAUUGUCUAAAAAAGGACAGAAUGGAUGUCAGGAUCCCUAUCGAUGUCUGGGUUUCAUGUGGCGAGCCAUUUACCCCUUUUAAAGAUUCGGAGAUGCGCGAGAUUCGAAUCCAGCAAGAAAGAGGAGAGCGAUCUCUGGUUGCUGAUUACCUUGAACAGGAAAAACAUUUGCUUAGACAACUUCAAGGGCGUCGGUAUGCAGGAAGAUUGGCAGCCCAAGGAAGUGACAGCACGGUAAAGCCAGUUCUUAGCAAAUCAUUGGACUACCCAAGUAAGAAGGAAGAACUUCUUGAAAAGUCCAUCGAAGAGCUGCAGGUGCACCUUUCCGAACUGAAGACUUUUCAAGAACGCGAGCAGUUGGAAGAAUUGUGCAAGCAAAGGACUCAGAGCUCGAAAAUCUACACGCGGAUGCAGGAUCGGAAACUGUACGAUUUGCCGCGCGGCAUAACAAUCCUUGCCUAUCCAAAUGGCGAGAGUGUGGCGCGUGCGGUUCCCGUAGUUGCAACAACGUUUCUUGAGUUUCUGGACAGAGCUACUUCAAGACUUGAUCUAAACAGUGUUGCCCGUAGAGCUUUUACAAAAGAGGGGAACGAGAUCACCGACUUGAAUAAUGUUGAAAAGAACCAGCUGAUUUGCGUCACUUGCGGAGAAAAGUUUGUCCCAACUACAGAACGGAGAUACAAGAUAGAAAUGCGUGCUUCUUGGUCACGUGCAAACAGGGGAAGCGAUGUAAGCCAAAAUGCCAAUUCUAUUGUAACUUCGGAUACUAUGCUCGCCCUACCUGCACCUCCGCCCCCUGCCCCUAAUAGUGCCUCCAGAACUAAAUCAGCAAAACACGAGGAGACAUUACAUGUUUUUGAAAGUGAUAAAGCUGGCUCGCAGAAUACAUCAAGGCCGGUCCGUCCUAAGUCAAGUCGCCCGAAAUCCGCAAAUCGCUCAUCAGUCAACUUGGACAAUGCUGAUACGGCCUCACGUAGCAAAACGACGCAUGAGAUUACACGUUCACCAUUCAAAUCUGCCUGUCCAGGGCGAGUUACUUCUGCUCGUCCGAAAUCUGCAAUGAAAAAGCCCUCGAUUCAUCCUUCGCAAAACACCAGAGUCAAAUCAUAA